AGUUCAACGAUAUACGAUUUGGGUCUUCUUGGACGAUAUCCUCAGCAAUCUUUCAAGUCAUCACCUUUGCGGCCGCCACACAUGAAUACUAUCCGAUGGGAUGAGCAAUGUGCUCACGGAUACACUUUACUGAGCCUUCGCGGAUCAAUGGUCCCGAGUCCCGCUGGAAUCAUGUUGGAUGAACAUGGGGAUCUAAUUUGGAUGGACGAAAGUUUUGGUUCAUGCGUGAUGAACUUGAAGGUCCAAGAGUACCGAGGCGAGCAGUACAUUACUUUCUGGUCUGGAGACAUUGAUUUUGGUUUCGGCCUAGGGACAUAUUAUAUGCUCAACUCCAACUAUGAAGUGUUCAAGCAGUUCUCUGCCUCAAGCACGCUGGAGAACGAUUUUCACGAAUUCACCAUCACAACUGACGAUACAGCUCUACUCACGAGCUAUGAUACCAUCUCGAUGGAUCUAUCCUCUCUUGGAGUCCAAGACUCCGGCUGGAUUUAUGAUAGUCUAUUUCGCGAGAUAGACAUUGAGACUGGUGACAUCGUCUUCGAAUGGCGUGCGUCAGAUCAUUUCGCCAUCCACGACACUUUCUAUCCCAUAGGCUCUGCAGGCAAGAGCCCUGAGUCACCCUUCGAUUUCUUCCACAUCAACAGUGUUGACAAGGAUAGCAGUAAGAACUACAUCAUUUCAUCUCGCUUCAUGCACAGCAUUGCAUGCAUCUCCGCCGACACGGGGGAAAUCUUGUGGACUCUGGGCGGCCGCAACAAUGAUUUCUCAGACUUAUCAGGAGGAAGGGCGACAGAUUUUGCCUGGCAACACCACGUCUCUGUGCAAGCAAACAAUCAACUCAGUAUCUUCGACAAUGCCAACUACCAGAAAUGGCAUGAGAAAUUGCUAGGAGGCAGCGAGAUCAGCCGUGGGAUGUUGGUACAAUUGGACGUGGAGAAGAUGACUGUCGAGCUGGUUCAAGAAUACAUGAAUCCUGGGUCGCGAGGCACACCCCAACAAGGAUCGAUGCAAGUUCUGGACUCUGGCAACGUACUGCUGGGCUGGGGCUACCAUGCAGAAUUCACCGAAUAUUCUCCUGAUGGCGAAGUCCUUUGCGAUACCCAUAUCAACCCAUCUAUGCUGUUCCCGUUUGGCUUCGUACACGCAUAUCGUGCGUUUAGGGCUAGCACCUGGAUCGGACGUCCAAACACACGGCCAGAUGUGUAUCUCGACCCAAGGGAUGGCUUUGCAUUUGUGAGCUGGCUGGGCGCGACAGAAGUGAGCCAAUGGAUCUUGCAGACAGUAAAAGCUACACCUGGUGAUGCAUUGAGUUUCAUCGAUGCUGUCAAAGCAGACAAGAAUGGGUUCGAGACACAAAUUGAGGUGCCGGAGGGUGAGUACGACUACUUGCGCAUCGUUGCGAUUGACAAGACCGGCGCUGUACUGGCUAUCUCCAAAACUGUUACUGCGGAUCAAGGCACUGUCUCA